AUGAGCUACUACUACGGCAACUACUAUGGUGGCCUUGGCUAUGGCUUUGGUGGCUUUGGUGGCCUGGGCUAUGGCUAUGGUUCCAGCUAUGGUCUCGGGGGCUAUGGUGGCUAUGGAUACUUCCGUCCCUCUUUCUAUGGUGGAUACUGGUCCUCAGGAUUUUACUGA